GUGCCCAGAUAUCAAAACACUUGUGAUACCGAUGCAUACUUAAAUCGUUGCACCAUACAAUUCACUGUCAAACUUCACAAUGACUCCAUUCAGUGUCAUACUAGUAACUGCUUUGUUCUCUACCCAGGUUAUGCAAGCCAUAACACAACCCAAAAAAUAUCGAUGUAUUUCGUUAAGACCGUUGCCUCAGCUGGAAUCGGAACCAACAUCGCCCUGGAUUUUAAGACGCCCAGCAUCGAUUACAAAAUCAUCAUCUACAGCUUCAAAAUCUCCAGCUUCAGGUUCAAAAUCACCAUCCUCAAUCAUAAACUCACCAUCUACAGUUUCAAAACCACCAUCUUCAGCUCCAAAAUCACCGUCUUCUGUUCCAAAAUCAUCGUCUUCGGCCACUAAGUCAUCAUCAACUGUUCAAAAAGUGACGUCUACAGUAACUAACUCAUCACGCACAACCAACAGAUUGCCACCCGAUUCCUUUAGUCUAUUUAAGUUACCAUUAAAAUUAAUUUCUAGUUUACUGGUACCACUGAUACCAACAAAAAUUAGACAAAACACAACUUCGAUUAUUUCACCACUAUUUAGUUUUCAGAUGCCUUUAACAUUUUCAACGAUUCAUCAUUCUAAUAAUCUACCCUGUAAUACGAAUAACUCGCCUGUUCCGUGUAACUCUUUACCCGGUAACACAAACACAUCAAUUGAUUUUAACCCUUUACCAGGUAUUUCAAACAAUAUACCUAUUUCUUUUAACUCUAUACCCGGUAACACAAAUAUCUUACCUAAUCCUUGUAACACUUUACCCGGCAAUACGAACAAUUUACCUCCUCCUUGUAACUCUUUACCCUGUAACACUAAUACUUUACCUACCCCUUGCAACUCUUUACCCGGUAACACUAAUUCCUUACCUACCCCUUGCAACUCUUUACCCAGUAACAUAAAUACCCCACCUACUCCUUGUAACCCUCCACCUGGUAACACUAAUACCUCACCUACUCCUUGUAACUCUCUACCCGGUAACACUAAUACUGUACAUACUCCUUGUAACUCUCUUCCUGGUAACAAAAACACUUCAACUAAUCCUUGUAACUCUAUAGCCGGAAAUACAAAUAACUCAAAUAAUGUUCUUUGUGAUUCUCUUCUAGGGCAUUCACACAAAUCCAUUAUUUAUAAUUGGUUUUGCAACUAUUUUUUAAACAAAAUUCAAAAUGUAAGCUGCAAUACUCCAUCAAUUGAAGUUAUUCCCACAUCUAGCGAACCUUAUAAUCCACCAGCGACGGACAAUCCUACAGAAACACCCAGUGUACCGAGUGACUUUACCGUUACGCCAACAGUUUAUUCACCAACUGAAGAUACACCAAAUGAUAAUAGUACACCAAAUGAUAACACACCAAAUGAUAACACACCAAAUGAUAACACACCAAAUGAUAACACACCAAAUGACAAUAUACCAAAUGACAAUAUACCAAUAUCCACACCACACUAUUCUAUUCCACCAUGUACUUCUACAUCAAUUAAUAAGAUCCAUUCACCUUGUCUACGACUAAUCCAUAGUACAAAACCAAAACCUUGUAGUGUACCUGUGACCCAUCCACAUUCGCAUAUCCCAUUAAAGCAUUGUCCGCCAAAUCAUGCAUCUUGUUCGCCAUCUCACUCUCAUUUUAAUUCAUUGUUUAAUCCUACAACUUACAAAUCUAACGGAUAUCAUGUUUUAAAUCCACAAGAGAAGAUUCUAUUAAAAUUAUUAAACAGUUUAAUUUCCAAUUCGAAUUUACGAUCACCUUCUAGAAGUAAAUAGAAAUGGGCUUAUUGAUCGACACUAUAUUUCUAUUUUACGUUGUAUAUAGGUAAUAGGUAUAUUAAAAAAAAUAUAGUUCAUAGAUAUAUUUUAAAUUUUGAUAGU